AUGAGGGGGAGUUCGGUGGGGUUGUGUUUCCUUGCUUUGACUAUAGCCCAUGUCACUGAGAUCCAAGCCAGAUGGGUCCGCAACCAUGUGAGCAGCAUCUGUAGCACAUGGGGCAGGGAGCACUUCAAGACGUUCGAUGGUGAUGUGUACCAGUUUCCUGGCAUGUGUGAAUACAACCUGGUCUCUGACUGCCAUGACACCUUCCCAGAGUUCUCUGUGCACAUGAAGAGGAAGGAAAACGAUGGAAACCCAACAGUCAGUUAUGUGGUGGUCACCAUCAGCGAUUUUGCAUUUCACCUCAGCAAGGAUGUGGUCACUGUGAACGACCUGCCUGUCAAACUUCCACACUACCAGGCCGGAGUACAAAUGGAAAGAAAUGCAGUCUACAUCAAGCUCCAGUCCAAAGUUGGCAUCAUUGUCAUGUGGAACCUUGAUGAUGCAGUCAUGGUGGAAAUUGAUAAUGAUUACACUAACCGCACUUGUGGACUUUGUGGAGAUUUUAACGGUGUUCCAGUCUACAAUGAGUUCCUCCUUGAUGGUCGCAAAAUCAGCCCCAUUGAGUUUGGCAACAUACAUAAAGUCCAUCGUCCAAAUGAUGAUUGUGAGGACCCAUAUGAAGAGGAAGAUGUGUCACAGGAAGCUAUGAAUGUGCCAGAGUCAUGCAAAGAGUUUCAAAACACCUGUGAAGAGAUGCUGCAUGCAGAAACCUGGAGCUCCUGCACCAAACUGAUUGACCCUGAGCCUUACAUUCAGGCCUGUGUGCAGGACAUGUGUGGCUGUACCAACCAUUCGAAUGACUUUUGUGUCUGCAGCACACUCUCUGAGUUCUCUCGACAGUGUUCCCAUGCAGGAGGGGAGCCUCCCAACUGGAGGACUUCUAAAUUCUGUGCCAAACAGUGCCCAUUCAACAUGGUUUAUGAAGAGAGUGGAUCCCCUUGUGUGGAUACCUGCACGCAUCAAGACACAAGCUCAUUCUGUGAGGACCACAAAAUGGACGGCUGCUUCUGUCCUCCUGGAACCGUGUUCGAUGACAUUUCCAUGAGGGGGUGUAUUGCUCAGUCUGAAUGCCAGUGCAAGCAUGGAAAAAUCUAUGAAUCUGGUGAAGUUUACAGACAGGAGCGAGAGGAAUGCACAUGUUUUGAGGGUAGAUGGGCUUGUGAAAGUCUUUCAACACCUUCUACGUGUGCGGUUGAAGAAGGUUCACAUGUAACCACCUUUGAUGGGAAAGACUUCACCUUCCACGGAAACUGUUACUACACCCUGGCCAAGGUGGAAAGAAAGGAUGAUGCAAGCCCUAAGUUUACCAUUCUGGUCAAACUGGUACCAUGUGCACACCAAGAAUAUGACACCUGUCUGAAGACUCUCAAAAUCCUGCUGAACAAUGACAGAAACAAUGUGUUAACAUUCACUGCUGAUGGCGCAGUAAAGCAGAAUAUGCAGAGUAUAAGUUUGCCGUACUUCUCAGGGGAUAUCAGUAUAUUCCAUGCUUCGUCCUUUCACAUCAUCCUCCAGACCAGUUUUGGUUUGCAAAUUCAGAUCCAACAUGUGCCCCUCAUGCAAGUCUAUGUCAGCCUGGAGCAGAGCUACAGAGAAAAGACACGUGGUUUAUGUGGGAACUACAACAUGGUCCUAUCUGAUGACAUGAACACUCGUCAGGGAAUUGUGGAGGGAAGUGCAGCAGCUUUUAGUAACUCCUGGAAGGCUGGCCAUGUAUGCCAAGACAGAGAAGAAAGACUUGAUGACCCUUGUUCUUUCAGCGUGGAAAAUGAAAAGUAUGCCAAUCACUGGUGCGCCUUGCUACGACAGCCAAAUAGUACCUUUGCAGAGUGCCAUUCUGUGGUGGAUCCUGAGAUUUACUACAAGCGAUGUACUUAUGCUAGCUGUAACUGUGAGAAGAGCGAGGACUGCCUGUGUGCUGUUUUCUCCUCCUACGCCAGAGCUUGUGCAUCAAAGGGAGUGUUCUUGACAGACUGGAGAGAUAAUGUGUGCGACAAAUACACCAAGAACUGCCCAGAAUCUCAGACCUUCUCUUACAAACAUCAGAGAUGCCAGCUGACUUGCAGAUCUUUGAGCUUAAACCAGCAGAGCUGCACCUCUGAUUUCUUGCCUGUGGAUGGCUGUUCCUGCGCUGAGGGUCACUACCUAGAUGACAAUGGCAUCUGUGUCCCAGUGGCAAAGUGUCCCUGUUACCAUAAUGAAGUCUACGUGAAGUCAGGCAAGUCCAUCAGCAUCAACAACGAGCGCUGGAUGCCACCGAGUGUGAAUCUGGUUGUCGGUGUCCCAGUGGCCUCCUUGAUGAUGAACAACUGUGGCAAUAAAACAGUGCACGACAACUUUGGAGUUAUCACUGAAAAUGUACCUUGUGGCUCUACGGGCACCACCUGCUCUAAAAGAGUCAGAAUUCAACUGGGGAGAAGGGAAAUCAAACUAUCAAGGGGAAGAUUUGAAGAGGAUCAUCUGGGACAUGAGCCUCAUAUCCAGUACAGAAUAAGGAAUGUUGGCUUGUAUGUGGUUGUAGAAUCUGUCAUCGGUGUGGCAGUGAUAUGGGAUCGCAAAACAGCUGUUCGGAUCCUGCUGGAACCAACGCACAGUGGAGAGGUGUGUGGUCUGUGUGGAAAUUUUGAUGGUGAUGGACAGAAUGACUACACCACCCAGGGUCAGCUGGUGGUGAACAAUCCACUCGAAUUUGCAAACAGCUGGAAAGUUUCUAGCUCCUGUCCAGAUGUGGAGGAGAACACUGAUCCUUGCACAUUGACACCCGGUCGACAUCUGUGGGCAAAAAUGAUGUGUAGCAUCAUAACUGGAGACACAUUUAAAGAAUGCCGCAAAAAGGUUGACCAUCAUCCAUUUUAUGACAACUGUGUGAAAGACUCAUGUGCCUGCGACACUGGAGGAGACUGUGAAUGUUUCUGCACAGCGGUUGCUGCUUAUGCUCAGGCUUGCAAUGAGCAUGAUGUUUGCGUUGCGUGGAGAACUCCAGAGAUCUGUCCUAUCUAUUGUGAUUACUACAAUGGCCCAACAGAAUGCACUUGGCACUACAACCCUUGCCACACCCCGUGCUACAAAACCUGUUUGAAUCCAAAAGGUGUAUGUUUCAAUCCGAUACCCACCCUGGAAGGCUGUUAUCCUGUAUGCCCAGAAGAUAAGCCCAUAUUUGAUGAGAAAAACCAAACAUGUGUGGAUACUGUCAUAUGUUCGAGCACAACUAUGACUCCGCCUCCCACUACCACAACUACGACCUCUCUUCCUACUACUACAACUACCACGCCACGUCCCACUACCACAACUACGACCCCUCCGCCUACAACUACAACCCCACCUCCCACUACUACAACUACAACCCACCCUCCCACUACUACAACUACAACCCCACCUCCUCCUAGUACCACAACUACAACCCCUACUACUACUACUACAACUACGACCCCUCCUCCUACAACUACGACCCCUCCUCCUACAACUACAACCCCACCUCCCACUACCACAACUACAACCCCUACUACUACUACUACAACUACGACCCCUCCUCCUACAACUACAACCCCAUCUCCCACAACCACAACUACAACCACUCCAACUACAACCCCACCUCCUCCGACUACUACUACAACUACAACCCCACCUCCCACUACCACAUCUACAACCCCUCCUCCUACUACUACAACUACAACCCCACCUCCUCCAACCACAACUACAACCCCACCUCCUCCAACCACAACUACGACCCCUCCUCCUACAACUACAACCCAACCUCCCACUACCACAACUACAACCACUCCUCCUCCUACUACAACUACAACCCCACCUACUACGACCCCUCCUCCUACUACUACAACCCACCCUCCUCCUACUACUACUACAACCCAACCUCCCACUACCACAACUACAACCCCUACUACUACUACUACAACUACAACCCCUCCUCCUACAACUACAACCCCACCUCCCACAACCACAACUACAACCACUCCUCCUCCUACUACAACUACAACCCCACCUCCUCCAACCACAACUACAACCCCACCUCCUCCAACCACAACUACGACCCCUCCUACUACAACUACAACCCCACCUCCUCCAACCACAACUACGACCCCUCCUCCUACAACUACAACCCAACCUCCCACUACUACAACUACAACUCCUCCUCCUCCUACUACAACUACAACCCCACCUCCUCCAACCACAACUACGACCCCUCCUCCUACAACUACAACCCCACCUCCUCCUACUACUACUACAACCCCACCUCCCACAACCACAACUACAACCACUCCUCCUCCUACUACAACUACAACCCCACCUCCUCCAACCACAACUACGACCCCUCCUCCAACAACUACAACCCACCCUCCUCCUACUACUACUACAACUACAACCCCACCUCCUCCAACCACAACUACGGCCCCUCCUCCUACAACUACAACCCAACCUCCCACUACCACAACUACAACCACUCCUCCUCCUACUACAACUACAACCCCACCUCCUCCAACCACAACUACAACCCACCCUCCUCCUACUACUACUACAACUACAACCCCACCUCCUCCAACCACAACUACAACCCCACCUCCUCCAACCACAACUACGACCCCUCCUCCUACAACUACAACCCAACCUCCCACUACCACAACUACAACCACUCCUCCUCCUACUACAACUACAACCCCACCUCCUCCAACCACAACUACAACCCCACCUCCUCCUACUACUACUACAACUACAACCCCACCUCCCACUACCACAACUACAACCACUCCUCCUCCUCCUACAACUACAACCCCACCUCCUCCAACCACAACUACGACCCCUCCUCCUACAACUACAACCCCACCUCCUCCUACUACUACUACAACUACAACCCCACCUCCCACUACCACAACUACAACCACUCCUCCUCCUACUACAACUACAACCCCACCUCCUCCAACCACAACUACAACCCCACCUCCUCCAACCACAACUACGACCCCUCCUCCUACAACUACGACCCAACCUCCCACUAACACAACUACAACUCCUCCUCCUCCUACUACAACUACAACCCCACCUCCUCCAACCACAACUACAACCCCACCUCCUCCAACCACAACUACAACCCCACCUCCUCCAACCGCACUGAAAAAUGGAAAAAGUUUGAACCUACCUUAUUCUCAACAAGGUGUUAAGAUAGUGAAUUCAGGUCUGAACCUGAUUUUAGAGAUUCCUCGACUAAAAGUGGUUAUUACAUUUGGAAUAACUGGCUUCAGUGUAACCCUUCCAUUCCAGUAUUUUGGCAAAAACACACAGGGCCAUUGUGGAACAUGCAACAAUAACCAAGCUGAUGACUGCAUGUUACCUGGAGGUAAGCUGGUGGAAAGCUGUGCAGUGAUGGCUGACUUUUGGCCUGUUGAAGACCCUUACAAACCCAACUGCUCAACACCACCAGCACUACCUACCAGUGCCCCUGAACCACCACCUACCUUAGCUCCAUGCAAACCAGACUCCAUGUGUGACCUGCUUAAAAGCAGUGUCUUUGCAGAGUGCCAUCCGUUUGUCUCUCCAGAAAAUUUCUACAGAGGUUGCGUAUUUGAUAGCUGUCAUGUUUCCAACCCAACAGUGGAGUGCACAAGUUUACAGACUUAUGCUGCAGCCUGUGCUCAGGCUGGAGUUUGCAUUUACUGGAGGAACCACACCACAUUGUGUGCUGGUGAGUGCCCAUCAGGCAAAGUUUACAAGCCAUGCGGUCCUGUAGAACAACCAACCUGUGAAGACAAUCCCAGUGAACCAACUAUGAACUACACUACUGAGGGCUGCUUCUGUCCUGAUGGAAUGAAACUCUUUAACAAGGAGUCUGGAAUAUGUGUUGAAAAAUGUGGAUGUCUUGAUCCUGAGGGCAUUCCUCGUGAGUUCAAUGAAAGAUUUGAGUACAAAUGCCAAGACUGCAUCUGUGAAGAAUCCACCAAGACUGUGACUUGCAAGCCUAAGGUUUGCCCACCACCAGCCAUUACAAACUGCUCUGCUCCUGGGUUUGUCCUUGUUAACCAAACCAGUCCAUCAGACCCCUGCUGUUCUACCUAUGUUUGCCAAUGUCAAGCUAACACCUGCCCAGUCACCAAUAUGAACUGUCCAAUUGGAUAUAAGCCAGUUGUCAGUGUCCCUGUGGGAAAAUGCUGUCCAGAACAUACAUGUGAACCUAAACGAGUUUGUGUUCACAGAGAAACUGAAUACCAGCCUGGUUCUUCAGUUCCUGUGAUUGCAUGUCAGGAUUGUACCUGUUCCAAUGAGAUUGACCCAAAAUCUGGUCUAUUAAAAAUAAUUUGUGUGUUUCAACAAUGUAAAGAAAGCUGUCAACUGGGAUAUGAAUAUGUGGAAAGUGAUUCAGAUGAAUGCUGCGGGAAGUGUGUACAGACACACUGUGUUGUCAACAUCAAUGGAACUAAACAACUUUUGACUCAAGGAGAAACCUGGUCACCACCGGGGAAUAAGUGUGAACAUUACACCUGUGUCAAGAAUGGUGAGACUUUAACAGCAAGCCAUUCGCAGACUGUCUGCCCACCCUUCCAAGAGAGCAACUGCCAACCUGACACGAUUCAAACUGCAGCAAACGGCUGUUGCAAAAUUUGCGUGGAGAAGGAGAAGGGAUGCAAGUUAAUGUCCAUGAAAACCCAUAUUACAGUCAACGGUUGUCAGUCUGCCCAGGAGGUAGAUAUGCCAUAUUGUGAAGGAUCCUGCAAUACUUACACCAUGUACUCUGAAGCAGCAGCAGUGAUGGAGCAUUCCUGCUCAUGCUGUAAGGAGAUAAACUUCAGCAAUCGCACUGCUGACCUGGUCUGCCUGAAUGGAGACACGGUCCCCUACACAUACAUGUAUGUGGAGCAGUGUGGUUGUACCAAGACGGACUGCACCAGAGCUGCUGGACAUCAUGUUCGCAGGAAGAGAAGCUUCACACUGCUGUGAUGAAACAGUCUGUCUCUUCACAGAUGUGACACACAAAUGUUUCUUCCCAUAUUGUCUUAAAAAUAAUUUCACAUCUUACAGAGUAAUUGCUAUUGUAGCUUGAGUAUUUAUCUACUGAUCAAAAUUAAAAAAA